AUGGCGGCAGUUCCAGCUGCACCACUUGCUGUGAACGGAGCAGUGAAAACGGCAGUAACAUCACAGGCAUAUAUGGAGAGCAACCGAGUGAAAGAAACGAAGAAUUUGAUUUCAGAGCUAUGCCGUCAAUUCUACAACCUCGGAUGGGUUUCUGGUACAGGUGGUAGCAUCACCAUCAAGGUCCACGAUGACUCCAUCCCUAAACCCCAACAGCUCAUCAUCAUGUCCCCUUCUGGUGUGCAAAAGGAAAGAAUGGUGCCAGACGAUAUGUAUCUGCUAUCGCCAACUGGGUCUGUAUUGUCUUCUCCUCUGCCGAAGCCAUACCCGCAUAAGCCUCCCAAGUGUUCUGAUUGUGCUCCUCUGUUUAUGAAGGCAUAUGAUAUGCGUAAUGCUGGUGCUGUUAUUCACAGUCAUGGGAUGGAAUCCUGUCUUGUAACAAUGCUCAAUCCAUUGUCAAAAGAGUUUCGGAUCACUCACAUGGAAAUGAUCAAAGGAAUUCAAGGACAUGGUUAUUAUGACGAGCUUGUGGUCCCCAUAAUAGAGAACACUGCUCAUGAGCGGGAACUUACAGCAUCUCUUACUGAAGCCAUUGAAGCCUACCCAAAAACAACAGCUGUGCUGGUACGGAACCAUGGGAUAUACGUAUGGGGGGAUUCUUGGAUCAGUGCUAAAACUCAGGCUGAAUGUUAUCACUAUCUCUUUGAUGCUGCCAUCAAACUUCACCAAUUGGGCCUGGACUGGUCUACUCCUAGUCAUGGUCCCACUCAUAGUUUCAGAGAAGGUGAUCGAAAUAUUAGCCUCUCUGCAAAGGCAAAACUUAUUUCGAAUAAUGAUAUUGAGCCAUCACGGCAUUGCAUUGUUCUGGAUAUCGAGGGGACCACAACACCUAUAUCUUUUGUAGCUGAUGUUCUCUUUCCAUAUGCUCGUGAUAAUGUGGGGAGACAUUUAGAUGCAACAUAUGACACUGCAGAAACUCAAGAAGAUAUUAAGCUGUUGAGCUCUCAAGUACGGGAUGACUUAGAACAAGGAAUUGUUGGUGCUGUGCCCAUCCCAUCUGAUGAUGCAGGAAAAGGUGAGGUGAUUUCAGCUCUGGUUGCUAAUGUGGAAGCAAUGAUAAAAGCUGACAGGAAAAUUACUGCUCUGAAACAAUUGCAAGGUCAUAUAUGGCGGACUGGAUUUCAGAAUAACGAAUUAGAGGGUGUGGUUUUUGAUGAUGUACCUCAAGCUCUUGAGAAGUGGCAUGCUUUGGGCAUUAAG